AGCAGUAAUCCAGAAGUCUUUGGCCUUCAUCCCAAUGCUGAGAUUGGUUACUUCGUUGAAAAUGCAAAAAGCAUUUGGCAUGGCCUUUUGAAGAUCAACAUCACAUGUCACUCGGGGAAUAAAGGAGACUCUGCUCUUGGUAAUCUAAAGGAAACUACUCUGGUGGCUACCAUCUCAGAGAUUUUCGAAAAAGUGCCUAGCAAGCCGCUUUAUUUUUGCCCCGACUCCGACCCACCAACGCCUAUUGAGAUUGUUCUGGCUCAGACUGCAGCAUCCACUGGUCUUGUGUCUUUCAUUUUUUCCGAUGCGCAUGGCAACAAAAGUAAAGAAAAUUUCCUGUGGACUUUUUGUUACCAGGAACUGGAUCGGCUCAAUAUUCUGCUGCAAGCAGUGAUACAAUCUCUCCGCGAACUUCGCCAUGCGCUGCGUGGUGACAUUGGGAUGUCUAUGGACCUUGACGAGCUUGCCCUGUCUUUGCAGGCAGGGGUUCUGCCACGGCAAUGGCGGGCACUGGCUCCUCCAACUUCAAAGUCUCUGGGUUCAUGGAUUUCCCACCUGAUGCGACGUAUCAGUCAGUACACCACUUGGAAAGAACGAGGGAGUCUAAGUUGCUACUGGCUGGGUGGCCUGCACAUGCCGCGUUCCUUAUCAACAGCGCUAAUUCAAGUUACGAGCCGGAAAAAAGGCAUUUCUUUAGAUAAGUUGGUGCUUUUUACCGAAUUUACCCAGCUAGAGGUACCACAGCAGAUUGAAAGCCCCCUAGAGGACGGUGCCUAUAUAGAAGGUUUAUUUAUAGAGGGUGCUCGGUGGAACAGCGCAUUAAGGCGGUUGGCUCCUCAGGCUCCUCGAGAAUUGUUAGGAGAAUUGCCCCUAAUGAAGCUUGUUCCGAUUGAAUCACAUCGCCUUAAAACAAGGAGUUUGUUGCGCACCCCAGUGUACGUUACUCAGGAACGACGCACCCCUAUGGGGGAGGGAUUGGUAUUCGACGCGUGGCUCCCAUUUUCCGAGCACUCUUCCUUCUGGAUUUUGUCGGGAACCGCAUUGGUGCUAGAAACAAGUGACUGA